AUGGAGAACAGUAGUAGCAAUGGUAGUUUGUUCGUGUCCGCGGUGGGCAUAGGCGUAGGAUUGGGUGUCGGCCUUGGCCUAGCAUUGACACAACUCAUGGCAUCUUCACCAAGAGGGGACGUGACCUUGGGUGGCGGCGCAACAGCUGCAGAUAUCGAAUCAGAGCUUCGAUGCCUCCUUGUCGAUGGGCAAGAGACCAAAAUUUCCUGUUCCGACUUCCCAUAUUAUCUCAGAGAGGAAAUGAGGCUGGUGCUCAUGAGCGCAGCAUUCCCUUACCUGAGUCAAACUAUUCUACCAAAGCACAUCAAAGUAUUCAAGGACUCAAGCCACACCAUACUACUUUGCGGUCAAUCAGAGACAUGCCUACAGUCACUUGCCAAGGCCAUUGCCAACCAAUUCAAUGCACGUCUGUUAGCACUGAAUAUCUUCGAGUUCUUGCAUCAGAUGCAGCACAAAUAUGGUGGCUCAAGCAAUGCACAGGUUGAAGUUGGAUCAGUGGAUCAUGGAAAGGGUAAUCAUGAUUUAAACACAAGAUGUGUUCAUUGUAAGAACAUGAAGUUAGUUGGGGAAUACACGUCCUUAUUAUCUAAUGAAAAGAACAAAGACUCAGAAUCUAGUGAACACGAUGACGACGACGACGACGAUGAUGAUGAUGGUAGUGGUGGUUUUAGUGCUCCAGUUUGGACCUUGGAUGUGAAAAUUCUCUUACAGUGCCUUUACAAGGAUCUGACUGAUCUAUUCCCAUACAUCCUAGAGACUAGGCCUCCUAAUGAAGAGGCUCAUCUUCAGAGAUGGACAAGACAAAUGCGAAAUGAUAUGAUAAAAGCUCGGGAUGAAAUCCUUAAACAUCAAAUUGUAGGGGGUUUGUCAUCAUACAAUUUGGAGUGUGCUGAUUUGAGUUCUAUCUCCCUAGAUGAUUAUGUAGAAAUUGCAAGUUACCUAGAGGAUAUUUUAGCCCCAGCAGUCUCAUACCAUUUAAUGAAUAACCAGGACCCUAAGUACAGAAACGGGAGGCUUAUUCUAUCUUCAACGAGUUUAUGUAAUGGAUUAAGAAUUUUUCAAGCAAGUAACCUUGAGAAAGUUUCAGUUGAAACAAAAAAUGACUCAAAGGUCACUAAAUACAACGAAUAUGAAAAGCAGAUUUGUAAAUGCACCAUUUACAAUAUAAUAUUAUAUUCAUACAAAUUAGCUAUAGCCAAUGAAGCUGGUGCUAGCUUCAUGAACAUCUCAUUGUCUACAAUCAUGUCAAAAUGGUGUGGAGAGGCCGAGAAGAGCAUCCAAGCAUUGUUCAGUUUAGCUGCCAAAAUUGCACCAGCCAUCAUUUUCAUGGACGAGGUAGACGGCAUGCUAGGGACACGUGAAUGUUCAAAUGAAAAUGAGGUAUCAAGGAGGAUCAAGAAUGAAUUCAUGAUGCAUUGGGAUGGAGUUUUAUCCAAACCAAGUGAAAACAUUCUUGUCCUCGCCAUGACAAAUCGACCUUUUGACCUUGAUGAUGCAAUCAUUAGGCGAUUCGAGCACAGGAUAAUGGUUGGUCUCCCUACUCUUGAGAGUAGAGAGCUAAUUUUGCAUAAGUUGUUGUCCAAAGAAAACAUUGAAGGUAUAGACUUCAAGGAACUUGGCAAAAUGACUGAGGGAUACAACGGUAGUGAUCUAAAGGACAAGAAGGAAAAGGAAGUGAAAGGGAAGAAUGUGCGUGUUGAGAACCCACAAAAUGAAGAAAGCAAGAAGGAAAAGUCAAAAGACAGCAAAGACAUGGAAGCCAUUUUAGAGGAGGGCGACGAGGAUGAAAUGGAUGAGGUAAUCACCCUCAGGCCAUUAACCAUGGAGGACCUAAAGCAGGCCAAAGAUGAAGUCUCUGCAAGCUUUGCUAGUGAUGGUGUAGUCAUGAAUGAGAUCAAGCAAUGGAAUGAGCUAUAUGGCAAAACUAGGAUGGCGUUAUCGAAGACAAUGAUGCAUGAGCGUAAGACUGCCUUCGUUACCAUCACAUUCUAUUCUAUAGAACCUUUCCUCACCAUGGCUCUCCAAGCUAUGAUGUGA